UUUGGAUUAAACACUGGCCUGGACUUCUUCAACAGCAGCGACUAGGGUUCUUCAACUUCCAACAGCAGCGACUUCUUCUUCUUCAUCUACUUCUGAUUUCUGAAACAAUCUCAAAGUAUCAACUAGGGUUGUUGUUCUUCUUCUUCAACUUCAAGUUCAAGACUUCAACAGUUGUUCUUUUAAUGGCGCCAAAAGAAGAUAGGAAAGACUCGGCUUGGGCUUACUCUGCAAGAGUUAGCGAGACCAACAAGAUGGCAAUUAGAUGUCUUUUUUGUGAUAAGAUUUCAAAUGGGGGAAUCUAUCGUCAAAAAACGCAUCUAAUCGGUGGUGAUCCAAAUGUCGCAUCUUGUCCUAAAGUUCCGUCGCAUGUGAAAGAAGAAUUGAAAGCAUUCCUUCAAAAAAAAAAAGAGUUAAAGACUCAAAUGAUUCAUGAACAAGAACUGUAUAAUCUUGAUGAUGACGAUGAUGACAUAGAAGAAGGUUUCGAUGCUUCCUCGCUUCCAUCAAAAUCACAAAAGCAAGGAAGGAUGCAAACAAUAUCUUCUAGUUGUGGAUCUACUGGCAAGACCAAAGGUCCUAUGGAUUGUUACUUCUCACAAAAAUCCAAAGAUAAGGGAGGAAAAAGUGGUAAUCCUCAAAUUGAUGCCAAAGCGAUUUUGAGGGAUCGUGCAGUUACAAUGUUUGCGCGGUAGAUGUAUGAUGCAGGUCUUCCUUUUAAUUGUGUUAAUUAUACUGACACUUUUUCUGCUUUUAUUGAGGCCGUAGGCCAAUAUGGUCCAGGAAUGAAGCCUCCAACUUAUCAUGAAGUUAGAGGUCCAUAUCUAAA